AUGUAUCCAGAGAUCGGCGGCCAUGGCAUUGCUUUCAUUCUCUCAUCCACUAAAGAUCUCCAUGGCUGUCUAUCUAAGCAUUACUUAGGCCUCCCGAAUGAUACAAGCAUUGCCAAGUUCUCAACCCAUAUGCUUGCAGUUGAGUUCGAUAUUGUUCAGAACUUUGAACUAAGUGACAUCAACGAUAACCAUAUCGGGAUUGAUAUAAAUAGCUUGAUCUCUAAUGUAUCUGAACCUGCAGCUUAUUUCAUUGGGGGUAGCUCCAAUCAAAACCUUUCAAUUGAUCUCAAGAGUGGAGCACCAUUUCAGGCAUGGAUUGAAUACAUUGGGAAGGAGAAACUGAUGAAUGUCACAAUCUCUCCUCUUCGCAUCCGGAGGCCAGAUAGGCCUUUGAUUUCAUUCCCCCUUGACCUCUCAUCAGUCAUAGAUGAGUACAUGUAUGUUGGUUUUUCAGCUUCUAUUGGUCUACUGUCUGCAGCACAUGGUGUACUGGGUUGGAGCUUCAGGAUUGAUGAGAGAGCUGAAGAUUUGAAGUCCUCCAAGCUCCCAUCCCUUGUGAAAGACAAGAACUUGGUGCAUAGGAAGGGCUUUGUAGUAGGGAUUGCUCUGGCUUCAGUCACUCUGGUUCUGUUGAUGAUCUCAGGAUGGGAAGUUGAGUAUGGAGCUCACAGAUUCAAAUACUUGGAUCUCCUCACAGCGACAAAUAAGUUUGAAGAAAGAAAUAUUACUGGCAGAGGAGGAUUUGGGUGUGUCUACAGGGGAGUGAUUCGAAGUACAGGCCUUGAAGUGGCAGUCAAGAAGGUUGCUCAUGAUUUAAGGCAGGGAAUGAAAGAAUUUGUUGCAGAAAUUACUAGUAUGGGAACGCUUAGGCAUCGGAAUCUGAGAUACAAGAUCUUGAUUGGGGUUGCAGAGGCCUUGUUGUAUCUCCAUGAGGAAUGUGAUCAGAGGGUGAUUCACAGGGAUGUCAAGUCAAGCAACGUAUUAAUAGAUGCCGACCUAAAUGCCAAGCUGGGAGACUUUGGCCUCUCCAAAAUAUAUGACCAUGGCAUCAAUCCUCAGAUGACCCAUACUGUUAGGACACUCGGGUACCUUGCUCCCGAGUUCACUAGGACUGCAAAGGCGACAACAGGCUCUGAUGCGUAUAGCUAUGGUGCUCUUAUGCUAGAAAUGGCUUGUGGGAGGAGGCCCAUUGAGCCACAGAAAAAUACACUGGAGCUGGUGCUGGUGGAUUGGGUCAGAGAACUACACUCUCAAAAAGAGAUCCUAAGAGCCAUUGACCACUUGCUGGAAUUCUAUAAUCCAGUGGAGGCAGAGCUUGUGCUUAGUAUUGGUUUGCUUUGUUCCCAUCCUCUGCCCCAUUGCAGGCCAAGUAUGAGAAGGGUUGUGCAGUUUCUGUUAGGGGAUGCCACCCUUCCUAUCCUACCUCCUGAUGUCCACCUUGAGCUUCCUGGUUUGGUUCGUGAUUCAUUGGAUGCUAAACCUAGUUUCUCUGAUCUUUCAAGUUCCAGAAUGACCUCUUUAAAGAAAGAGUUCGAUCUUAUCCAGAAUUUAGAACUAGCCGACAUCAUUGAUAAUCAUGUGGGCACAGAUGUGGAUAGCUUGAUCUCAGAUAUAUCUGAACCUGCAGCUUAUUUCACCAGGAGCAACUCCAAUAAAAACCGUUCCAUCGAUCUCAAGAGUGGAGAACUGAUUCAGCAUGGAUUGAAUGCAGUGGCAAGGAGAUGCACAGAGGAUUACAUGUAUGCAGGAUUCUCAGCUUCCACUAUCUGUUAUCAGCUGCGCAUAAUGUGA